UCCACACUUUCUCCAGAUGAACUGCUGCUAAUUGCGCGUCUUGUUUCACUUCUAUUCCAUCCUCACAAACGCCAUUAUGCCUCCUACAACAGCCCUCCGGACUGCAGUUCUGCAGUGUGCCCGUCCGGCAACGCGAACAGCCUCCAAGUCCCUCGUCGCCACCCAAUGGCAACGGCAUGCAUCGACACGGAAACAUCCCAAGGGAUUUCAGCCACCCACGACCGCCGAGCUAGAAGAACUACGGGAACGAACAGUUGAGUUCGUCCGGCGAGAGAUCCCUCAAGACCUGGCACAGGCAACAGAUCACAAUAAUGAAUUUCCCAACGAGCUCUGGAAGAAAUUUGGCGAAGCUGGAUUUCUCGGAAUUACCGCAGACGAGGACUAUGGCGGCCUGGCAAUGGGCUACCAAGCUCACUGCAUUGUGUUGGAAGAAUUGAGCAGAGCGUCCGGCAGUAUUGGUCUCUCUUAUGCAGCACACUCGCAGCUGUGCGUCAACCAAUUCCAACUGCAUGCCAACGAUGAGCAGAAAGCACAAUGGCUUCCUGGCUUGCUAUCAGGAGAGAAGAUUGGAGCACUUGCCAUGUCAGAGCACACAGCAGGCAGCGAUGUCGUGAGCAUGAAGAUGACUGCAAAGAAGGUCGACGGCGGUUAUCAACUGAACGGCAGCAAGAUGUGGAUCACAAAUGGACCUGAUGCACAUGUGAUUAUCGUGUACGCAAAGACAGAACCUGAUGCAGGGAGCAAGGGUAUCACAGUCUUCUUGGUCGAUACCACCACUCCAGGCUUCAGCGUGGCUAGAAAGUUGGAUAAGCUCGGCAUGAGAGGGUCAAAUACGGGAGAGCUGCUGUUCGACAAUGUCUUCGUGCCCGACUCAGCUGUGGUGGGACCUCUGAACAGAGGAGUCAAGGUGCUGAUGGAGGGUCUCGAUCUCGAACGGUUAGUGCUCUCUGCUGGUCCUCUCGGACUCAUGAAAGCUGCAUUGGACGUUACAUUACCUUAUGUCCAUGAGCGGAAACAAUUCGGCGAACCUCUUGCACACAAUCAAUUCAUUCAAGGCAAAUUGGCAGACAUGUACACCAAGUACAGAGCAAGCGCGGCUUUCACAUACUCUGUCGCUCGGGCGAUUGAUGAGAGUUUUGAGGAUCCAGACAUCAAGACCCAGGAUUGUGCUGGCGCUAUUCUUUACGCUGCGGAGAGAGCAACUGAAUGCGGCAUGGAUGCGAUACAGUGCUUGGGAGGAAUGGGAUAUAUGAACGAGAUGGCUGCCGGGCGGAUAAUGCGUGAUGCGAAGCUAUACGAAAUUGGUGCUGGCACGAGUGAAGUCAGGAGAAUGGUACUUGGGAGAGCCUUCAAUAAAGAGUAUGGGACACGGUAGCUGACGCCGGAA